UAACAGCAGAAUUUGAUACCAAGCUCUAAAAAAGAUAUGGCUGGACUCUGCAGUGCAGCGAUGUAUGUAAUAGUAAUCCUGAACGCCAUGUUCUGUGAAGUUGCUCCUAAGGCGGCAAAAAGCGUAAAUAACCCCUACAACUUCACUGAGUUCUUCAAACCGCCACAGUUUAUAUGGACCUAUCGUUCAUCUUGGAAUGCUGAAUUUACUUGCGAACGAUUUACCAUGAAAAACAUAAGCGGAAAAUCUGUUGUAGUGGAGACUAAGUUUACGUUAUAUAACAGAACGUAUAAACACACCACUCAAGGCACCUUAUACAAUGUUUGGGGUCUGGACAGUUACCUUAAUAUGCUCUCCAUGAGGGACUAUUGGGGGGACAGCUUGACUAAGGAGAUUGUCUAUGCCUCGAAUGGCUACAACUGCGCCGUUCUUCAAGUUGAAAGAUUUUGGGGUUGGCCGCCUGUUACCUUCGACCUCAUUGUGAAGAAGUCCCAGCUUAAUAAAGGGCCUAGCGAGGAUUGUAUACAAAGGUACAAUGAGGAAAUAGGGAAGCGCCGCAUUGGUGACACAAAUCGAACGGUAUAUAUCCCGGAAUGCCGAAAGAAGAAAAAGAAUGUCACCCAAACUCUAUGAUCUUGCCGACUGAAAACCUGCCCAAAUAAUCAAUAAAAGCCUGUACACUAA